AUGGACUGUGGUCGUUCCAGUAUAUAUUCCAUCCACACCACUAGUGCUCUAUGGUCACCAUUCCCUCUAUAA